CUUUUCUCAACCACACACUCAUCCUUUCCCCCUUUCAAAAGUAAAACUUAGUAACAAUGUCGAAGUCUAAGGCUAUCGGUAUCGACCUCGGUACCACCUACUCCUGUGUCGCCGUCUGGCAGAACGACCGUGUCGAGAUCAUCGCCAACGACCAGGGUAACCGCACCACCCCCUCCUAUGUCGCCUUCACCGACUCGGAGCGUCUCAUCGGUGACGCUGCCAAGAACCAGGUCGCCAUGAACCCCUACAACACCGUCUUCGACGCCAAGCGUCUUAUCGGCCGCAAGUUCGAGGACGCCGAGGUCCAGUCGGACAUGAAGCACUGGCCCUUCAAGGUCAUCUCCAAGGGCGGCAAGCCCUUCAUCCAGGUCGAGUACCGCGGUGAGGAGAAGCAGUUCUCCCCCGAGGAGAUCUCGUCCAUGGUCCUCAUCAAGAUGAAGGAGACCGCCGAGGCCUACCUUGGCGGCACCGUCUCCAAGGCCGUUGUCACCGUCCCCGCCUACUUCAACGACUCGCAGCGUCAGGCCACCAAGGACGCCGGUACCAUUGCCGGCCUCGAGGUCCUCCGUAUCAUCAACGAGCCCACCGCCGCCGCCAUUGCCUACGGUCUCGACAAGAAGACCGAGGGCGAGAAGAACGUUCUCAUCUUCGACCUUGGUGGUGGUACCUUCGAUGUCUCGCUCCUCACCAUCGAGGAGGGCAUCUUCGAGGUCAAGGCCACUGCCGGUGACACCCACCUUGGUGGUGAGGACUUUGACAACCGUCUCGUCAACCACUUCGUCCAGGAGUUCAAGCGCAAGAACAAGAAGGACCUCUCUUCCAACGCUCGUGCCCUCCGUCGUCUCCGCACCGCCUGUGAGCGUGCUAAGCGCACCCUCUCGUCGGCUGCCCAGACCUCGAUCGAGAUUGACUCGCUCUUCGACGGUAUCGACUUCUACACCUCGAUCACCCGUGCCCGUUUCGAGGAGCUCUGCCAGGACCUCUUCCGCUCCACCAUGGAGCCCGUCGAGAAGGUCCUCCGCGACUCCAAGAUCGACAAGGCCAACGUCAACGAGAUCGUCCUUGUUGGUGGCUCGACCCGUAUCCCCAAGAUCCAGAAGCUCGUCUCGGACAUGUUCUCUGGCCGUGAGCCCAACCGCUCGAUCAACCCCGACGAGGCCGUCGCCUACGGUGCCGCCGUCCAGGCCUCGAUCCUCAACGGUGAGACCUCGGAGGCCACCCAGGACCUCCUCCUCCUCGACGUUGCCCCUCUCUCGCUCGGUAUCGAGACCGCUGGCGGCAUCAUGACCCCCCUCAUCAAGCGCAACACCACCGUCCCCACCAAGAAGUCGGAGAUCUUCUCGACCUACUCGGACAACCAGCCCGGUGUCCUCAUCCAGGUCUUUGAGGGUGAGCGUGCCAAGACCAAGGACUGCAACCUCCUCGGCAAGUUCGAGCUCGCCGGCAUCCCCCCCGCUCCCCGUGGUGUCCCCCAGAUCGAGGUCUCGUUCGACGUCGACGCCAACGGUAUCCUCAACGUCAACGCUUCCGACAAGACUACCGGCAAGAGCUCCAAGAUUACUAUCACAAACGACAAGGGCCGUCUCUCCAAGGAGGAGAUCGAGCGCAUGCUCGCCGAGGCCGAGAAGUACGCCGCCGAGGACGCCGAGGUCGCCGAGCGCGUCCAGAUCAAGAACGGACUCGAGUCGCUCUCGUACAGCCUUAAAUCUACGCUUUCUGAGAACGGCGACAAGUUCUCGCCCGAGGACAAGGCUGCGCUCGAGGCGAAGGUCGAGGAGACGAUCAAGUUCCUCGACACCUCGGACGCCGCUUCCAAGGAGGAACUUCAGGAGCACCAGAAGGCACUGGAGGAGGUCUCGAACCCCAUCAUGCAGCGCUUCUACGCCGCCUCCGGCGGUGCUGGUGGCGCUCCGGGUGCGGCCCCGGGUGGGUUCCCCGGUGCCGGCGGCGCCGCCGGCGCUGGCCACGACGAGCCCUCCGUCGAGGAGGUCGACUAAGCCUCAACCUUAGCAUUGUAGAGAUGAGUUGAGAGCACUCGAUAGCUCUGAGUUAGCAGCAUUUGUGUAUUUCAUUGAGAACCAUGCAAUUUAGUUCGUGUUCA